GGAGCAGCUGGGCCCUGUCCCCACCAUGGCCCUGCGGCGGGCGCUGGGGCUGGCGGGGGCCGUGGGGCGCCGCGGCUGCUGCAGCAAGCGCCCACUGCCCCCCGGCUUGUUGGAGGCCCUGCGGGACGUGGCCGGUGUCCCCAAUGUCUCCACGGCGGCGGCGGUGUGCCAGCAGCACGGCCACGAUGAGUCCAUGCACAGGUGCGCGCCCCCGGACGCCGUGGUGUGGCCCCAGGACGUGGCGCAGGUGCAGGAGCUGGCGGCGCUCUGCCACCGCCACCGCGUCCCCAUGGUGCCCUUCGGCACCGGCACCGGUCUGGAGGGCGGCGUCAACGCCGUGCAGGGCGGCGUCUGCUUCGACCUGAGCCGCAUGGCCGCCAUCUCGGAGCUGAGCCUCGAGGACUUCUCGGUGGCCGUGGAGCCCGGCGUCACCCGCAAGGCCCUCAACAGCCACCUGCGUGGCACCGGGCUCUGGUUCCCCGUCGACCCCGGGGCGGACGCCUCGCUGUGCGGCAUGGCGGCCACGGGCGCCUCGGGCACCAACGCCGUGCGCUACGGCACCAUGCGGCCCAACGUGCUCAACCUGCGCGUGGUGCUGCCGGACGGGAGCCUGCUGCACACCGCCGGCCCCGGGCGCCAGGCCAGGAAAAGUGCGGCCGGCUACGACCUGACCUCGCUCUUCGUGGGCUCCGAGGGCACCCUGGGCUUCCUGACACAGGCGACGCUGCGCCUGCACCCGCUGCCUGAGGCCGUGGCCGCCGCCGUCUGCUCCUUCCCCAGCGUGCAGGCGGCCGUGGCCUGCACCGUGCAGGUGCUGCAGGCGGCCGUGCCCGUGGCCCGCAUCGGUGGGUGCUGCUGGGGGCACCAGGAGGGGUGGGAUGGGG